AUGUCGUACAACUACUCAAACCCGUUUCAGGGCUACCAAGACCGGCCAGCCCUCCCACAACGCCCGUACGAAGCCCGUCCGGGUCUCGGAAAGUCACAGAUCAAAGUCUUCUUCACUGGGCUGCCAGAAGGGCUGAGUAAUAGAGACCUCCUGGCUGUACUCAAGGAAGACCUCAACUUGCCAUCUACGACUAGGGUUUUCAAUGCGUACCAGCCUGAUGGUUUAGAUCUUGGGAUCGCCAUAGUCUGCGUCGAUGCCGUCGAAGAUGCCGAGCGGAUAAGAAGUUGGUAUAAUGGGAAAGUCAUCAACCAUCGAUAUACAUUGUCGGUCCACCAUGUCUUGACGCACGACAAGAAAUACCCUUCUGCCCUCAUCGAAAAGCUUCACCAAUCCUCCGAGUCGAAGCCCAUCAUCACCCGCACGCCCGUGACGCCCGUGACCACUACCUCCAACCAUCCAUUCCCUCCAAAGACUGUUGCGCACCAUCAGGCUGGUCAGUCAAAUGGCUUCCCUCCUCCGCAUGUGAAUGGCCAUGCAAACGGGAACACAUACGGCUACUCCCGGUCCCUUCAGCCCCGUGCCCAGGCCCAACGAUCGCACCCCCCACCGCCUAGGCCGCACUCGGCCAACAGCCUAACAUCGCGCAUCGUCCAGGCCGGACCUUCCAGAAACCUCGUCCAGCCUCAAAAUGAAGGAGGCAGAGGAACAGCGCAACAGCAAAAGACGGACCCGACACCUGGAUUGUCGUUGCUGAAACGUAUCAGCGGGGGACCGGGGUCGAAAAAGUCGCACCAGCAGCUCAAAAGCAAAAUUUCGCCCGAUCCCAAUCCCAGCCCCAACCCCAAUCUCAAUCCCAGAACCGCCCCUCCCAACCCCGCCGCGCUCAUCAAACUCGCGCCCAACGUACCAUCGCUUCCCUUCGGGCACCGCAACAGUCAUCGCGUUGAUCAGGAGGUGGCUACAGGGAAUGGGAGCGGUGAUUCGGCCCGAGGGCAAGAGGCGGGGCAGAAGAAGAAGCUGAAAAAUAAAGUCAAGGGCAAGGAGAGGACAGGAGAGCGAAACCAGCAGGUGCCAGUCGAGAACAAAACACAGGAAGUCCUGGAUCAAGAGAUGGAGAUUUGGAGGAGAGGUUGGAAAUUUUCCACAGAUGAUGGAAACAGAGGCAAUGGGAAUUAA